UGCUCGUACCCACUCACACACACUCACACACUUGCUCCCUACUCUUGUCAUCGCGAAGAGAGCUAAUCUGUGCUCUCCAUUUCUUUUUGUCUCUUUUUCACGGGACAAAAAGUUAUGUUUCAUGCUCAUUGAGGGGUUUUUGGCGUUAGGCUCUCUCUUUGUUUACAUAUUUCUAUGCCGGUGACGCCGUGAAUUUGUUUGACGCUAUCCAUUUGCCGGUGUGGUUGUGUUGGUGUUGCGGCGUCUAACGUCACUGGCAGCACUGGCCAAACCCCCUACAGUCGGUAGCACAAAAAUGAAGCAAAUGAAAGCAAAAAAUGAAAAAUGAGGACGAAAAUAUUUUCCAAUUGGAAAAAUCACAUUUCAUUAUUCACGUAAGGAAUUCAUCUAAGUAGCCAUGUGAUACGCUCUGGGUUUAGUUUCGGUGAAUCCGUCCUAUCCUGUAGGACGUUCUUUCGUUUAAAAUCCAUAUUCCAUUUUUUUUUUAAUUUUCAACUAAAUUAAAAUAGUUUUCAAGGCUGUCCAAUAAUCUGCCAAAAAACAACCAUGGCUAUCAACGCCCGUAAACCUUCUGGCCGCGAUGGUCCAAACCCGUUCGUUAACCGCAAAAUUACCCGAAACCAAAGAAACGCUACCAAGCGGCCGGCACCGAAGGCACAACCGAGUAGGAGUCACCGCUCCGCUUCGCUCAGGACGUAUCCGAAGAAGCAUUCACGCCGCUCCAUCCCGUCCAGCCCCUUCCAUCAUACGCGCGCAGCCAUAACGGAUCUGGACAUCCCGCUAGACAGUCGGCGGCCGGUCUUGAUCGAUGGCGAGAAUGUCGCUUACAACGACAUCUCGAGCGAAUACGUUGCCAACCGAAUCUACCAAGCGUACCAGUGGUUCGCCGCGAACGGUCACCGGGCGUUGGUACUUUGCCCAGACUAUCUGCUGGCGAAGCUGUCCGGACAGACACCGCACAUGCCGAUCGAGCUCAUUACGGACAUUCCGGAUGAAAGAGAAAACCACGCGACAAACGUUGCAUUCGAACUGACGCUGCUGCAACGCGCUGCGGACGAACAGGCGGCGAUCGUGUCGGAACGUUCGUUUGCUAGCAGCUACCACAGCCAUAUUGACGUUGUGCAGAACCGCGUGGUCGGUUUCACCUUCUUCCGGGAGUCGAUCUUUAUCCCGGUCGAUCCGUACGGUCGCGCUGGUCCCUGGUUGCGAGAAAUUCUACGCAAAUGAAAUUCUUCUUUCAAACACGCACACACACAAAUUAAAUAUAAAAGCUUAACCAUAUUA